AUGCCACUAUCACCACAGGAACUCAGAACAGCUCAUUUCAAGGCUUCGGCCGGCUACGGUAUGAUGGGUCUUACAGUGGGCCCAAACUCCGCACCUAAAGAAAUAGCGUUCGAGGCCAUUGACAAAGCCAUUGAAUUGAACGAAAGCCCAGUUUUGCUCAACGUGGGAGAAUUCUACGGACCCAACUUCGCCAACUUGCGUUUGGCUCGUGAAUAUUUCCACAGUCGUCCAGGUGUGCGCGAAAAGGUCAUUGUCAGUUGCAAAGGUUGUUACGACAUAGCGACAUUCACACCCAUGGGCGAUCGUGCCAGCGUAAUUGAAUCUGUCGAGAACUGCGUUCGUGAAAUCGGCGGGUUCAUCGAUAUUUUCGAGCCAGCAAGACUGGACGUUGAAUUGGCCGGAUCCAGCGCUUUCCCUGCAGAAACCUUUGAUACCCUGGUGGAAUUGGUGCAAAAAGGUAUCAUUGGAGCAAUCUCACUGAGCGAGGUAGAUGCCGGCCAAAUUGCCGCCAUUGACGAUCAAUACCACGACUACAUCGCAUGCGUCGAAGUGGAAUUGUCGUUGUUUUCCCCUCAGAUUUUGUCGGAUGGUGUCGCUGAAGCGUGUAGCGCAAGAGGGUUACCAAUUCUGUGCUACUCUCCUCUCGGCCGUGGGCUUUUAACGGGAUCGAUCAAAUCUGCCAAAGACCUUCAGGACGGAGACUACCGCAAGAUGUUCAAGAGGUUUUCCAGCGAAGCUUUGGAGCACAAUUUGCAGUUGCCCAAGUUUUUGCAGGAUGAGAUCAUUGCUAAACGCAAAGAUAGUAUAACGCUCCCACAAGUGGCCUUGGCGUGGAUUGUGUCACUCAAUUCCAAAUAUCCCGGCACCAAAUUCAUACCUUUACCGGGAGGCUCAUCUGCGCGCCGUGUGCAGGAGAAUUUUACGUUGCAACAUCUUUCAGAGUCGGAACUGCAAAGGAUCAAUUCGUUUGUCGAAGGAUUCAAGACUGCUGGCGACAGAUACGAAACGGUUUAG